UUCUGUACCACUCUAGAAACGGUGUUAUUGCAAGAAGCGAACGAGGCUCUUCUAUCACUUCCCACUCAUAUUCAAGUGGCCAACAACCUUUAUGUCAACUAUAGAUGCGAAAGAAAGCCAUUGGCUACGAAAGACUUCAUCGAAGCAGAAGUUUAUUCGGACAUCGUUUAUGGAAAUACCACGUGCGAUUUACCCGUCGCUCGAAUGGAUCGCGAUGUCGAGAGUUUAAAUUAUAUGGUCGAUUUUUGGGUCUCUCAGCACAUUCCCAAUUGCCUCUUGAAUUCUGCUCAUACAAGUGGACUGCUGAACUUUGUUGUCGAUAAGGAUUUCGAUGGUGGUAAAUUGAAAUCAUUUCUAAGUACAAGUUGUUCACUUCUAUCGCCUUGUAUCGGUCGACUCUUCCCAAAGCUUCGUGAAGAAUAUCCGAAUGAGUACGUCGAUUUUCGCUUUGUAACAGCCCAGAGGCCACCAUUAAUCAAUGUGGCACCAAAUGGUGUUCAUGCAACCGCAUCAAUGUUUCUCGAUUCAUUCAUUUCACCAUGGACAAACCAAACCAGUCGACUUUUUCGAUUAGGUUACAAAUUGUAG